AUGCCCGGGUCUAAGAGGGACCGGAGCCGCUCUGACAGGGACACUCACACCCUCCCUGCCCGGGCGAGCAGCUGGAGCGCCGAGUUCCCCGCCUGGCACUGCAGCGUGGCCGUGCUCCCGCUGUCAGGCUCCCAAAACAAUGUCAGCGGCACGCAGCGAGUGAAAUUCCUGCGUGCAGAACAAGGCCGGGUGACGAGGGGAGCGGGGCUGACGGCCCGGUGCGGGGAGCAGGAUUCUCAGUUGCUCACAUUUGAGGAAGAUGACCCACUAGAACCACUUGAGCUGGCAGUUAAAGAAGUUAUUAGUGUUGUAAAGUCAGCUGAAGAGAAGGUGGUUUCUUGCAAUGUUGUGGGAGGCUCUGUAAGGUUUGUUGUCGCCGUCUCUGACCCUUCGCCCGCGGCUGCCGAACCUCAGUCCUACAGUGUGAAACUGUCUCCACUUCACUUGCAGCUCCAGCUCUCCGUGAAAGACAAAGGAGAAGAUGUCAAAGUUGAGUGGUUCCUCAUUAACACCAAUGAAAUCAACUUUGAAAUCCAGCCAGCAGUGCAGGAGGGACAGGCAGCAGGGACAUGUGCAAUACCUGAAACGCUCAGAGAUGUCUUGAAGAACCUCUUUAGCUCAGCUUCUCCAUCUGUGGUGUUGAGUGUGAGGCCUGCAGAUACAAAGGAGGUUCAGAAUGUACAGAACACAAGCCUUCUCCCUCAGGCCACUAGUCCUCCCAAACCUCCAAGGGCUCACGAACUCAAGCUGCUGGUGAAGAACAUCGCGGUAAACCCGACCCAUCACCGUGCUGCAGGCAGCACAGACCUUGUGUGUAUAGCUCAGUUGAAUGACCCUAUGCAGAAGUUUUCCAGCUCUGUAGCCAAAAAUGCUGCACAUCCCUUUUGGAAGGAAGAGUUUAUCUUUGAACUAAGUGCCAAAUCAAAAGCAUUGCAACUGCAAAUAGUAGAAGAUGGAAAGAUGGAUAGUCCUUUAUCCGGGAAGGUGACUGUACCUCUGGACUUGUUCAGGAAACAACCCUCUGGCCAGCAAAGCUUUGCCCUGAACAGUGAGGCCAGUGAGGGCAGCUCGGAGCCAGGGCCCGGGCUGGGAUCCAUCAGUGCAGAGUUCUCUUUUAUAGAACCCAAUGAACUGAAGACAAGGCAAGUCUCCUCCCCAGUGCUGGCCACCAAGAUAGAAAAGGAUCGCACUGUGAUGCCCUGUGGGACUGUGGUCACUACUGUCACUGCUGUGAGAACCAAACCUCGUCUGGAAGGGAGAGCAUCUCCCCUGAGCACAGAUUCUCCUGUGAAAACUCCAGUUAAAGUAAAGGUGUCUGAAAAGGAUUUCUCUGUUGAAGCUCUCCAUUCUCAUGGUGCUCCAGUCAGCAAAACUUUGUCAUCUUCGGACACAGAGCUGCUGGUACUGAAUGGCACAGAUCCUGUGGCAGAAGCAGCCAUUCGGCAGCUGAGCGAGUCUGCAAAGCAGAAGCUGAAGUCUCCUAGAAAGAAAAGCACCAUUAUCAUAUCAGGGGUGUCCAAGACCUCUUUAUCUCAGGACAGUGAAGCUUCACUCAUGAUGGACUAUGCUGCAGCCAUGGACAGCUCCUGCAAAGAAGCAGAUCCACCCCCUGUGGAGGAAGCUGUUGCAAAAACCACCCCUGAUGAAAAGCUGUCGCUGGGUCCCUCAGAAACAGCACCUGACACCGACCCGCAGCACAGCACCCAGAAGGCCUGGGGUUUGGAGAACGGCAGCCAACAGUGGGACACCAGCACCCUCUUAGACCAGACCUCUGAAGAAAUAUCUGGGAGCUCACUGAGCGUUUCAGAAAGUGGGAGCAUGAAAAAAUCCAAAGGUGGGAUUCUGAAAAAAAGCGCAAAGCUCUUUUUCCGCCGGCAGCACCAUCAGAAGGAUCCUGGAAUGAGCCAAUCCCACAACGACCUCGUGUACCUGCAGCAGCCCCUGUCAGAGGAGAGCCGCAAGAAGGGAGGCACCCUGUCCCGGAUCCUGAGCAGGAAGCUGCUUUCCAGGAACAAAAGCAAGAGCAAACUGAACGGUGCGCCGGGAGAACCGUACAUAUAAGACCGGACCCUCUCUGCUGGGAUCCUUGCACAUCAGUUGAGCAUUUGUUUACAGAGCAGUGCUAGAGAGUACAAAUAUGGCUGGUGACUUGCGUAAAAGGAUGUUCACUAAUACAGUGGUCUUUUUUUCGUUUGUUUUUCCAAAACGCUUUUUCUCUCUGAUGAUGAAGUUGCUCCUCCAAAUGCAAGCAGUGCUGCAUUAAUCGUGAAGGCUUUGGAGAACCACGUGGUUUAUUGUGGAAGAUGAGGGAGGAUGGGGAAUGGGGCAGGUGGGGACCAAGAAGGCCACUGGUAUCCUGGAGUGCAUCAGGAAGAGCGCUGCCAGCAGGUCCUGGAAAGUGAUCCUGCCCCUCUGCUCAGCCCUAACGAGGCAGAUCUGCAGGGCUGUGUCCAGCUCUGGGCUCCUCAGGACAGGAGG